CCCGUAAAAGCAGUCCGUGCUCAUUGUCCUAUCCUGCUGCUCUCUCCCGUGGAAGUGGUCCCGCGAGGUAUUUCCGCUGUGCAGUCACACGGCACCUGCUGCACGGACCCUGCGCGGCUCUGCACAAACUCCUCCUGACUGACCGCGGCGUGUCUUCUUCCUCCUCCUCCUCCUCCUCCUCCUCCUCUUCCUCCUCCUCCUCCUCCUUCUCCUCCUCACUCACAGCUGAAAGUCCUCGGCGUGGGGGAGCGGUGGGGAGGGAGGGAAGCAGCCAUGCGGUCCGUCGCCGCGUUUCUCGUCGUCGUCGUCCUCGGCAGUGUCGGAUUUAUCGGAUGCAAACCGUCCUCGUCGUGUCCGAGAGGACAGUUCCUGCAGAGGAGGCAGCAGUGUGUCCUCUGCCAUCCCACCUGCUCCGAGUGCGAGGGGCAGGAGCUGUUCCAAUGCGCUACCUGUGGAGUGGAUGAAGACGGACAGGAGCGUUUCCUUCAGCAGGGUCGCUGUCGGACACACUGCCCCCGGGGGUUCUAUCCUGACAGAGGUCGCUACGCGUGUCUGCCCUGCAUAGCCAAUUGUGAACUGUGCACAGAUGGCAACAUGUGUGCCAAAUGCCGGGAACACUACAAACUCCAAAAUGGAGUGUGCCAAGCUGCGUCCUGUGCCGCAGGGCAGGUGCAGGACCCGGAUACGGGGGAGUGCAUCGACUGUGAGAUGGGCUGCAGAACUUGUUCCGCAGAGGACCCUGAGAUCUGCAACAGCUGCGCAGAAGGUUACUUUCUUUUCAGACACCAGUGUCGCCGGCAUUGCCCCCAGAGCACCUACGAAGACGGGGGGCGGGGUUUGUGUCUGCCGUGUCCGGCGCCGUGCACGGACUGCAGGAGCAGCGCGCGCUGUCUGGCCUGCCAGCCCGGUUACUUCCUCAACGGGGGUGACUGUGUGAAACAGUGCCCCCAGCAGACCUUCAGUGACUCCAGUGGGUGGCUCUGCCAGUCUUGCCACAGCUCCUGCCAGACAUGCCACGGCCCUCGGGCGACCAACUGCGACCUGUGCCUGGGUGGCAACCCUCCUGUGCACGGGCAGUGCCCACCGGUCAACUGCCCAUUGGGACAGUACUACGACAGGAAAUAUAGCGAAUGCCUCGCUUGUGAUGGAUCCUGUAAAAGCUGUUUUGGACCACAAGCGCUGGAUUGUUCUUCGUGUUUCAAAGGGUAUUUCUUGGAUCAGGACAGUUCUUGUGUCAUGCAAUGUCCAUCCGGCUCCUACGCAAACACUGCCACUCAGCUGUGUGAGGACUGCUCGGCGAGCUGCGAGGCCUGCUUGGACACCAGUGAUAACUGCAUCAGCUGUGCUAAAGGCAGCUAUAAACUCUUUCUCCACCAGGGGAGGUGCUGGUCAAAUUGCCCAGAAGGCUUCCUUGAGACAGCAGAGGAGUCAUGUGAAGCCUGUGACAGCUCCUGUUUGUCGUGUGACGGGAUCAAGUCCCAGUGUCUGUCCUGUGCUGAUGGCCACUACUUGGAGAGCGGUGUGUGUGGACUCAACUGUUCCCUGCAGACAUAUCCCGCAGACGAUGGUACCUGCCGACGCUGUUCCCCCCACUGUGACGUCUGCUCCGACGAGAGGACCUGCUUCAAAUGCAGUUUCCUUUACCUGAUUCUGAACGGUGUGUGCAAGGCAAGUUGUCCCCCCGGGUACUAUGAGGACAUGGAGGAGGGCCGCUGUGGCGAGUGCCACUCCACAUGUGGCAGCUGUUCGGGGCCCCUGGCAGACGACUGCGACACCUGCUUGACAUUGAGCCCCAAACUUUAUAAGGGCACGUGCUCCAAAGACUGCCCCACCGGUACCUACUAUGAAACGGAAGCACUGGAAUGUCAAGAGUGCCACCAGACCUGUCUGAGCUGCUCCGGCUCAGACGCGAACCAGUGCACCCAGUGCGAGAAGGGCCUUGUGCUGGAGCCAAACACGUUGUUAUGUGGCGUGGCCGGUGACACCGACUGCCCACGAAGGACCUACCUGCACGAUGACCGGUUCACCUGCAUGCGUUGCCAUCAGCACUGUUACUCCUGUGAGGGGCCAGGCAACGACGAGUGCCAGACCUGUGCCGUCCCCAGAUACCUUCAUAACAGCACUUGUGUGAGCGAGUGUCCAGCCGGUACAUUCGACUCAAAGCAGGAUGCCGACGGAGUGGAGCUCGGCCUCUGUGUGCCUUGUGAUCACGCCUGUUCCACCUGCUCGGGAGCAUCCCCCAAAGAUUGCCUCACUUGCUCUCCGGGAUACUUGCGUCUCCUUCAACUCUGUGUCACACAUUGUCCCACAAGGUAUUACAGAGCGGGCUCCCGCUGUGAGAAAUGUGACCAGUCCUGUGAGCAGUGUAUGGGUCCCGGUCCUGAGUCCUGCCAGGCCUGUUCACCUCCUCUUCUGGAGCUGCAAGGCACCAAGCUGUGUGUUGAGCGCUGCCCACACCGCUUCUAUCAGUUAUCAGACAUCUGCUAUCAAUGCCACACUAGUUGCCAGACCUGCACAGAGGCCUCGCCCCAGGCGUGCGUGACGUGCGACCGGGGAAGCACUUUAAAGGACAGAGUCUGCUACCCACACUGUGAGGAGGGCCGAUACUUUUCAGAAAAGGAAACCUGUGAGCCAUGCGACAGCUCCUGUAGGCAUUGCACUGGCCCCGGACCCGACCAGUGUCUGACCUGCCCCCGGGAUUCUGCCCUGCACGCUGCGGAGAGCCGCUGCGCCCGCUGCUGCCGGGCCGGAGGGAAUGAAACCGAUUGCUGCGUUUGUGACAGCAGCUCAGCUCUGUGUGUGGAGGCCCCGCGCUCCAAGUCAGGGGAGGACCAGGUGACGGACCUGAAUGUGUCUCCUCGAGCUCCGGAGCACACCUCAGCGGGCCUUCCCGUCGCCCUGCUGCUGGCGCUGGGGCUGGCUGUGGCCGUGUUCGCCUUGGUCAAGGCCCAUGCCAGGAAGAGGCUUUGCUGGGGCCGGAGCUAUGAGAGGCUGAGUGGCAGCGGCAGCAUGAGCAUGCCCCACGGUGUUCCCGAGCCCGACAGCGGGGACGAGGUGGACGUGGUGUACACCAGCAGAGGUGGAUCCGUGUAUCGGCGUUACAGCUUUAUCCACGAGCAGGACACCGACGCAGAGCCGCGCGUGGAUGAGAGCACGCGGCUCAGUCAAGCCUAGAAUGGCUGGGGUACGCUCCCAUUAUCAAGAAUUAAAUUAGUUUAGUCAAUGUUUAGAACCUCAUUUUUCUUUGGUGCGUUACUUAAUUAGGCUAUUGGGUUGAUUUAAUGCACAUUCUGAGUAGAAGCAUAUGUUGGUCAACAGUGAAAACAAAAUCCAUACACUAGCAGUCAAAGGUUUGGACACAUUUUCCUAUUCAAUUCAAUGACUGGCACUGUAUGUGUAAAUGUAUUAAAAUGAUGAGUAGCUUAGUACAGCCGAGGCUCAAGGCUUUGAACACAGCUCUUAGCAGGCAGGAAGCUUGUCUCAAGGUGAGAGUUCAACAUAGCUGGAUCUCUAUCUACUAUUCAUCAUUUUUAGGUGUGUCACGCUGGCCUCCCCGAUGGUGGGAUAGCGAAAGAAUGUGUAUGUUAGAGGUGUCGGUGGAGGGCUGAAAGCACUUCAGGAUAAUCCUUAUAAAAAAGGAACAUAAAACAAUCUGAGCUUAGCCCCUUUAGCAAAUAAAGUCAUUGUGACCCUCUGGGAGGGGAAACUAUGCACACGCACACUCAAAAUACACUCUGUGACUCAGCUUCCUGACCUUUAUUAUGUAUCUUUACAGCUAAAGGUGAUAAAUGCAAGUCGAUGUCUUACUUCCCCACUGAACAACCGUUUCAUAAUAAUUGAUAAAUAUGUCAUCAAGAAUUACAGGAACCUGAAAACCAAAUAAAUCAAUAGGUUUGGGUGGGCUGUUUCAGACAUUUUAGGGGUAUACAACUUUUUUUUACUUGAUAUUAAAGUGUUUUUUUUGGUAAACAGUACAAUUCUCAUAUAGAAUAAUUGAAAUGUGAAUGAUUUGUAUUAAACUUAAAUAAAAAUAGUUUCUACUCGAUGCUGUCAGUGCACCUUGAAAACUGGCUACUUUGUGAUAUAUACUGAAAAUAUUCGCUAGUCUGAUUUCAAAUCAGAGUAUUAUAAAAUGAUGAAGAUAACAUGUUCUUACAGUUAUAUUUUAUUUUAUUAUAUAUUUUGAUAUACAGUGCAUAUGGAAAGUACUCAAAGCGCCUUAUUUUAUCAAUUAAUUUCUUUCCUCAAAAUUCUACACACAAUACCACAUAAUGACAAAGAAAACAGUGUUUUAUGUUGUUAAACAUAAAGACCAAUAAUAAAACAGGUAUGUAAGUAUUUACAGCCUUUUCGCAGAACUUUGUUGAAGCAUCUUUGGCUUAACAAGCCUUGAGUGGAACAACUAUGUGUUUUGCUUUCAGUCUGACGAA